AUGGCAUCAAACAUGUCUGACAGCGUCAUCAACUGCAGCAUCAGCCAUGAAAUCCACCAGUACCUCUUCUCCUCUGUCUACAUCCUGGUGCUGCUGGUGGGCAUUCCCUCCAACCUGUACGCUCUGUACCACGCUGCCCUUCAGCUGAAGCAGAGGAACGAGCUGGGAGUUUACCUGAUGAACCUCACCGUGUCUGACCUGUUAUACCUGGCAUCACUACCUUUCUGGCUCCAGUACUUCUUUCAGGACGAUGAUUGGCGUCACAGAGAGUGGCUGUGUCAGAUGUGUGGUUUCCUGCUCUAUGAAAACAUCUACAUCAGCAUCGGCUUCCUGUGCUGUAUCAGUUUGGAUCGCUACCUGGCUGUAGUCCAUCCUUUGAGGUUCACCUCCCUGCGCUCCAUGAAAGCAGCGUCAAUCAUCAGCGCCAUCAUCUGGCUGAAGGAGAUUGCGGUCGGUGUGGUUUUUUUUCACCAUAAGGAGCUCAGCAAAGACCCCAAGAACCAGUCAGUGUGCUUCGAGCACUACCCCAUGAAGCCGUGGGAAUAUCCAAUCAACUACUACCGCUUUACCGUUGGCUUCUUGUUCCCGUUGGCCAUUUUGCUGAUCAGCUACCUGUGUGUCCUCCGAGCGGUGGGUCAGAGCGCGGGAACGCAGCCGGAUCAGAAGAUAAGGAUCAGGCAGUUAGUUAGCAGCACCAUCCUCAUCUUCCUUGUUUGCUUCUCGCCAUACCACAUCUUCCUGUUGGUGCGCACACUGCUGGAGCGGAACUGCGGCUUCAUCGAAGCUAUAUUUAACUACUACCACCUGUCCCUGCUGCUGACCACCCUGAACUGCGUGGCCGACCCCGUCCUCUACUGCUUCGUCAGCGAAAGCGCCCGCCGCGGCCUCUACAGAGCCGUGUUCAGACCUGUGGCCAGGAUACUCUGCUUCUGCUGUCGGCGCGGGAACGCCAGUCCCGCCAACCCGGCCAACGACUCCCACGAGGUCGCUUCGGACGAGAACAACGGCCAGCCAAAUGUGACGCUGCUCACGCACAGCAACACGCUGAACAACACCAAAACAGAGGCCGUCUGCAAAAGCACCAUUUUAAUCACACAGAUUGAUGAAAAAAGCAUCAAAGCACAAAUUAUAAAAAAUAAUACACACUUGGAAAAGGAGCCGAGACAAAACCCAGACAGGACUGAGGAAGAAGAGCAACAGCUGAAAUGA